GGCCUCAACACCUUCCUGUACUGGGUCCUGAUCACGGACCUGUCCAUCCUAUCGAUGAGGAUCUCUGCCUUUGUGCUGGUGUGUCUGCGGGUCAUGGCGGAGCUUGGGCUCUUCUUGCUGGCCCUGUGCUUCCUGAUCUUCGCCUUUGCCACCUCCAUCAGCACCCUGAAGCACGGGAUCCCGGACUUCGCAGGGAUCGGCCUGGCGGGGAUGUCCCUGCUGUCCAUCUGCUUGGGCAUCUUUCCGGCGGAGAAGUUCUACGACAUCGAGGAGAGCAUUUGGGUCAUGCUGGUGGUUUGCAGCUUCCUGGUGUUGGUGGGCGCCUUUCUGCUGAAUCUGCUGGUGGCACAGUUGAACCGCGCCUACAGCGAGCUCUUCCUCGACAUGCAGGGCUAUGCUCGCCUCAACCGGGCUGACGUCAUCGUGAGCACCAUGGCGAAGUCUGGCCGUAAGAGAUGGGCCCAGUUCUUGCAGAGCCUGCGCUUGGACGAGAAGCUGGAGUUCAACGAGGGCGACAUUGGCCUCGCAGGCGGCAUCAGCGCGUCCGAGCCGGCCAGCGUACACCCCACAACUGUAGACACGGUGAUCCGGUACGGUGGCUCCACCUCGACGGCGCAGCCGUGGCCGGAGGAGGAGUUGGACGAGGACAAGUUCGCCCGAUUGGAGAAGUUGAUUCUGCGCGUGGCGAGGCCGAAGGGCACUCCGAGGGCGCGGAAGUCCUAUGCCUCCAACGCCCCAAGCCAAGGUGCCUCUGGCGCGGAGAGCAGCGAUGGCUCCUCCUCAUCUGAGGAGGAGUCUGACGACUGAGGCGAUUCACAGGGGUUGCCGCGCCUGUUCCCUGGCAAUUUCCAAGGGCUCAACAAUUCCACUUCCAUUUGCU